UGAAAAACAGGAACAGAAAAAGACACGCCGAUUUGGAAAGUUAUUUUAAAAAAUCAGAAGAACUUGUAUACUGUUGCAGCAUUGAAGAGGUUCUAAAAUAUCUAAAGCUUCCACUGAACUCUUCCGCUUGGCGAAUAUUUAUAGAUAGUUCAAAACACAGCUUAAAAGUAGUUUUACUGCACAAUGGAAACCAGCAUCCAUCAAUACCGGUUGCGUAUUCCACAAAAAAGGAGGGAAAAUACGCAAAUAUUUCAAAUCUCUUAAAUAAAAUUGAAUACUAUAAAUAUAAAUGGGAAGUAUGCGCAGACUUCAAAAUGAUUGCAAUAUUGACUGCAAUGCAAACAGGAUACACAAAAUAUAUGAGCUUUCUUUGUAAAUGGGAUUCACGUGCUACCAGCAGUCAUUAUCAUAUUAAAUAUUUCGAAGAACGUAAAGACUUAAAUGUAAUCCAUGAAUCUCUUGUCCCAAAAGAUAAGGUCAUGCUUCCACCGCUGCAUAUUAAGUUGGGCGUGGUGAAAAAUUUUAUUAAAAGCUUAAAUACACAAGGAUAUGCUUUCAAACGCAUUCAAACAAUUUUCCCCAGAUUAUCUACAGCAAAAUUAAAAGAAGGAAUGCUCGUUGGACCCGAUAUAAGAAAAUUAUUACAAGAUGAAGAAUUUUAUGGUCAUCUGUCGGAUAUGCAAAAGACAGCAUUUGACUUUAUGCAGCUGGUUAUAUCAGAAUUCCUUGGAAACUCAAAAGCACAAAACUAUGCAGAAAAUAUUGAAAGCAUGCUAAUCGGUUUUAACAAUAUUGGCGUUAAGAUGUCACUAAAGCUGCAUUUUCUGCACUCUCAUCUCAAUUUUUUUAAAGAAAACCUUGGAGCGGUUUCAGAUGAACACGGUGAAAGGUUUCAUCAGGAUAUAAAGGUAUUGGAAGAAAGAUUCAAAGGGAAAUCCCAAAGUGUUAUGCUUGCUGAAUACGUAUGGGGCUUGUACAGAAACCUUGACACAUCGGAACAUUCACGUCGAGCUAAAUACAGGAAAGCAUAUUAAGUUUAAUCUUUAAUCCAUUGUCCUACUACUGCUAAAGCAAAAAAAUAAAUACAUACAUAUGUACAUACUAUAAUAAACCACUAUUAAAAUAAAAUUAUAAUUUUUUUAUCAAUCGUAAAGAGCUUUAUUUACAACAAUGGUGUCUUUGGGGACUCCCACUGAAAUUUUCCGCCAAACAUUUUCGUAGAAUAUUUUAAUCUUUAAAUGUCCUUUUUAAAAGGAUAUUUUUUGAUUUUCUCGAAAAAAGUGUCAAAUUGACCCAUAAAGAAACCAGUUAAGAGGGUUAAGAUCUUCCACAAAAAUAAUCCUCAUACAAUUCCACAAUACAACUCUGACCAUAAGAAUCCUCUCAGACAUAAACUUACAACAUUUUUUUCAUAUAGUAUAAUGCUCCCUUCGACCAAAAAAUGAAAACUUUGACCCACUGUAAAAAAAAAAAACUCAGACGUGCUGGACCAUAAGUUUGUUCUACAAAAAUGAUCUACUCAACAUACCCUUUCAGAAUUAUGGGGUCGCUAUUCUGUUCCAUUCAAAAGGUCUUCAUUUGUUGGACAGUGUUAUUUUACAACGUAAUCAAAUUGAAAACAAUGAAAAUUUAGUUAAUCGAAUUAAAUUAAUGUAAAAAUGCAUUUAAGGACAAGUAUCAAUCUUUUCAUCAAGCUAAUAAUCAUCAGAUAAUUUUUGCAAAUUGCUUUUAAUAAAGUCUUAAAUAUAUUUAAAAGGGAGUGGAAUUUAAUUCUUUCGCACUGUUUAAAUUUGCCGUAACUUCGGAAC